ACACAACUCAAACGACAAAAACAAUAAUUGUUUGAAAAGUAGUGACAAAACAUUGAAAUCACUAAUUAUUGUCUCAAUUAAGCGGUGUUUCUGUAGUUUUUUGGUAAUUAUUUGCAUUCAUUUCAUAGCAUUUGUAACACAUUUUGUUUGUCUUGAUUGUGACCACCGAUGGCCAGAAGUGUGAGCAGAAGUCGCUCCAGAAGUCCGCACAAUCGGCCCAAAGAUCGUGUCAUCAAACGGAAGACCCAAAGAGACAGAGACUUUGAGAGUAAGGGCUCGAGAGGUAGGGAUAGGGAGAGGGGGGAGAGGGAGAGGUCGCGCGAAAGGGAACGGGAGAGAGACAGAGACAAUGCCCGCGAAAGGGACAGACCUGACAGACCUGACAGACCUGUCGUGAGAGACAAACCCAGAGACAGAAGUGAUAGGAAUAGAGACCAUUCCAGUGGUAAGUGUCUCACACUGUCCUCCAUAUCGUCGCAGAAGUCGGUCACCAAUGAGAAGACGUCGCAGGAGUCGAUCCAAAGGAGUUCAGCGGAUCUCAAGAAACAAGAGAAGAGACCGGAGAUCACUGCCGAGGAUUUGGAGGGAAAGUCGCCCGAAGAGAUCGAUAUGAUUAAGACCAUGGGUUUCGUGGGCUUCGACACCACCAAAGGCAAACACGUUAAGGGGAACGACAUAUCGGCCGUACAUUUGCUACAGAAACGCAAAUACAGGCAAUACAUGAACCGGAAGGGAGGCUUCAACCGACCCCUCGAUUUCGUGGCCUAA